AGGGGGCCGCGCGGGCGGAGCGGGGGUUUCCAAACCUCUCACUGUCAGAAAGGGAGCGUCAGCAAACGGCCCAGACCAGGAAGCCGGGCGGCGGCAGCGGUAGCUGGGAGCGAGCGCGGGGGAAAUGGCCGGCGAGAUGACGGUGCUGGGUUCAGCUGUCUUGGCCCUUUUCUUGGCUGGCUAUCUGGCACAACAGUAUCUACCUAUGCCUACGCCAAAAGUGAUUGGGAUUGACCUUGGCACCACUUACUGCUCUGUUGGCGUGUUCCUUCCUGGCACAGGGCAGGUGACAGUUAUUUCAGAUGAAAAUGGGCAUAACAGCAUACCAAGCAUAGUGUCAUUCACAGAAACGGAUGUGUACGUGGGAUAUGAUGGCCUAGAACUAGCAGAUUCUAAUCCACAGAACACGGUAUAUGAUACCAAAAGAUUCAUAGGGAAAAUCUUCACUCCAGAAGAGCUGAAAAAUGAAAGUAGCAGAUAUCCAUUUAAGAUUUUCAGCAACAAUGGAGCAGCUGAAUUUUCAGUGACAACCAAUGAAACAUAUAACGUCUCACCUGAGUAUAUUGGCUCUCAACUGCUAUUGAAAUUAAAGAGGAUGGCAGAGGAGUACCUUGGCAUGCCAGUUUCCAAGGCUGUCAUUUCAGUGCCAGCAGAGUUUGAUGAAAGACAACGGAACUACACUAUUAGGGCAGCUAACCUUGCAGGGUUGGAGAUAUUGCGGGUAAUUAAUGAACCCACUGCUGCAGCUAUGGCUUAUGGUCUCCAUAAAGCGGAUGUGUUUAAUGUUCUGGUAGUGGAUUUGGGUGGAGGAACUUUGGACGUCUCAUUAUUGAAUAAACAAGGAGGAAUGUUUCUGACACGAGCAAUGGCAGGUAACAACAAACUUGGAGGACAGGACUUUAAUCAGCGAUUGCUGCAAUACUUGUAUGUCCAAAUCCAUCGAAUGUAUGGCUCUGUGCCCUCCAGAAAGGAAGAAAUACAUCGACUUAGGCAGGCUGUGGAAGCAGUCAAGUUAAAUUUGACUCUACACAAUUCUUCUCCUGUCAGAGUUUCUCUUACCAUGCCAGAAAGGAAGGACCUAAAAGAACUUUCAGAAAGAGAACAGAUGAAAAAGAAUGUAAUUGCAGCCGAACCUUCACAAAUGGAAGACGGUGUGUUAAGCCUUUUAAGGGAUGAUCUCUCACAAACACAGAGCAACACUGUCAAAGUUGUCUUUGAAACAGAAAUCUCAAGAAAACUCUUUGAAAUGUUGAAUGAGGACCUGUUUCAGAAGAUCCUUGUGCCCAUUGAGCAGGUCUUGAAGGAAGGACAUCUAUCCAAGACAGAAGUGGAUGAGAUUGUAUUAGUAGGGGGCUCCACCCGUAUUCCCCGGAUACGCAGAGUUAUUCAAGAGUUCUUUGGAAAGGAACCCAACACCUCUAUAGAUCCUGAUCUGGCAGUGGUAAUGGGUGUAGCUAUCCAAGCUGGGAUUGUUGGAGGCUCCUGGCCCCUCCAAGUCAGUGCUGUAGAAAUUCCUAAUAGACAUUUACGAAAAACUAACUUCAAUUGAACUUCACUGUUCUUGUCACAUUCUAUUAUUCACUGUUUCAGAAAACUGUACUCAUGACCGUGCAUAGACUUGCCCAACAAACAAUGAAGCCUAAUCUUAGCCAUGUAAUAUCUACCAUUUUAAUUCUGUUCCAUUUAAGUGUUGCUAGACCAUACAUUGUGUGCUGGCUCUAUCAUGUUUUAAAGGUAUUAGCAAUUCAAAAAUAACACACACAACCCACCUCUGCCCCAUUGGUUUGUCAACUGGAUGUGGGAUGAAAACCGGAGUUGAUAGGUGUGCAGACAUGCUACUGCCAAUAAAAUGCACACAUUUUCUUGCUAAAUUUUAUUAGCAGACCCUGAAGACUUGAAAGUGGAAUGUAACCAUGAGCUUGAACCUGUGGUGGAGAUAGGUGUAGCCGUAUUAAUGCAGACAGCUCAGGUAAUAUUCAGCUUAAUUUAUUUAUUAAACUGAGUCAGUUGAGUACUUCAAAGCACCUUUCUAAAUGCAGUUUUCCUGUUUGAAUACUAUCUAUUUGUCCACUUAAGAUUCUUGUGCUGCUGUUUAUAACAGCAGUGCUAUUGCUGAAACUAUUUGUGGAUUUUCUCUCUUUUUAAUGUAGACUUACUGCAAUCAAAACUUUUUGGUUUUGUUUUUUGGGUUUUUUUUUUUCCCUCUUUCAUGUUGUUACACUGGCAUCUACUUUAAAAUGUAUUUUCCUAAUGGAUUCCUAUGAUUCCAUUUGUCAUCAGCUAGAGAGGCUGCUGUGGCCCCUCUGCUGUUUCUCCAAUGGGCAGACACCUGAUAAUGCCAUCAUUACUGUAGUUCCUGCCAUGCAGCCAAAAGGUUUUAUAAAGCCAAUUUUAUAUUAAGGAAAAAAGCACAUUAGGCCCUGGAAGGGUCCCAUUCAUGUUUUUCAACCAAUACAUCCGUACAUUUUUAUUUACCAUGAAAUGCACUGGUGUUCAGCUAAGAGAAUUGCUACAGCUGCAGCUUCUUUUUAACAACAUUCUCCCUAAAAAUAAAAUGAAUCCAACUAUUUUUAUCUGGUGCCUAGUAUGGUGGUGUCUACAUUUUUUCAGGUUCCUGAUGCUUUCCCCCACUCUGAAUUGAACAUGGAGUGAUAAUUGUGAGUUGUAGUCUGGUAAAGAAAACCAUACAGGAACUGGAAUGUAAAUGUGGUAAUAGUAUAGCCUUUUGCUUUUGACUACGGACAGGCUGUAAAAUACAAGGAACAGAAGUUCUUAAAGUCUCAACUUUUGGAGGAAGGUUUUUAAAGAGACUUGUUUAAUUGUGCUCUUUCUAGAGGGAUAAAAUGCUGAAUAGUCAAACUCCUUUUUACUCCUUUUAUACAUGUUGUUGUUUUAUCCUUAGUCAACGAAGAGGGUAUUGUCCUCACCUAACAGGAGAUAACUGAGCAAAAUUUGUUUAAUAAAUCUGAAAUAAGUUGUAUUUUUUAAUGUGAGAUCUAAUAGCAAAAGAUUUAAAAUCAACAGUUAUCUGCUACAUUUGAGAUUUUCAGUAAUAAGCUUGCACUUAAUUUAAAAAACUUGGUUUUGAUGGAACGUGUCUGCCCUAACAUUUUAAAGUGGCCUUGUCUCUGAGUUUACAAAGUAUUUCAGACGAUGCUGCUAGAAACUUUUGAACUGUAACCAAGGAAAACCAAGAAGCUGUGUGUAUGGAGAAAGAAAAGUAGCAGAAAUUCUUUGUUCUCAAGGGACCUCAUGCCCUGUGUGUAUAUGGUUCCUGUCACAACAAGAGGGCAAAAUACUUUAAGUGGUUGUACUAUUGCAAAAAUUAGCAGGAGUGGGUAUGUAAUUAUUAAGAAAAAAAAAUUUCAAGAAUGACUAAACUUAAAAGUUGAAGUCCCUUCAAAGAAAUAAUGGACAAACAUCAGUAUGCAGUACAAUUCUCUCAAGUACCAUGCAGAUGCUAUUUCAGGCCCUUAUCUUGCAAAUACUUCUAUGUUUACUUUGCAUAUAUUCAGAAAUCUUUGCAAGAAUUAGGGCUUACCCUGCUGUAAGUCUUAUUCAUAACUUUUUUUUUUUCUUAAAGGGAUUUAGAAUUACAGUGGCUCUUUAAAUGCUAAUUUUUGUCUUCAACGCUCUUUGUGUGAGAAACCUAGCAGGAUUAACUGAUUGCAUAAACUCAGAAUCAAAUCAUAGCUAAUUAAAUGAACCAAAAAUGCUUUAAGACAUGGGAAGUUAGGAAGGGGCUUCAGAGGAAUUUCAAAAUGUGAAACCCAAAGAAAAAUAGGGCUUUCAAAACUUUCUAAAGUCUGGGAGGAUGGCAAAAUUGUCCAGUAAGUGGACUUUUCAUUUCCAUAAGUGUAAGUUUACAAAGAUAUUUUGCUUUAAGGAUGGAUGGCUUGUUUACCUGAAAAGUUUCCAAAAGGGUUGCAGCUUUGUAGCUGGAAACUCUUCAUAGAGAAGUUAACAUGCAUGAGACAUCUCCUAUUGCAUGGUCUAUUUAAUAUUUUUAAAACUACCUUGUGUGGUUGGUAAAUUUAAGUGCAAUGAAGUUAUUUAUUUUGUAUCUAAUAGUUUUGGUACUCUUAUUUUGGCACAAACCAUUGCAUUUUAAAAAGAGCAAUAUUGCACUUUGAUUAUUUUCCCCAGUGCACAACUUACUAUGAAGGUCCUUCAUUUAACUAAAUGAUACUGUUUGAAGAUUGGAGUUCUGUUGUUAAAACUAGUCCUAUUUAAAUCUUGGUGCCUGUAGCUUUAACCCUGUAACACCUAUCUUUACUUAAGUGUUUAUGUAGCUGAGGUUCAGGGGAGUGCAGUCCUGGAAGUGGUGAUGGCUCAUCAGUAUUAUAAAAUCUUGUCAGUUUACAGGUUAAUGUGCAUAAUCUGCAUUUGGGGAAAAUCUCAUACUUCAGAGAUAUUUAUAUACAGCCUUCUAAAAUACGUUCUUAAAUAAAAGUAAUUGCAUAAGAGCUGCCAAACUUUUGUUUCUCUUUCCCCGGGAUUUCCUUUUGGUCUGAAGCAUUAGUGUUAGAAAUAAGGCAAAGCUAAGGGCAGGGAGAGACAGAGAGGCACCAGUGACCUAGAAGAGGAGGUAAUGUGGGCUAGAAAAGUGAAGUAGCAGCUCUAAACAACUUGAUUUAUCUAGAAUUGUUGUAACACUUUUUAUUAAAUCAAUAGUGACAAAUAAGGUCACUAGAAAUAUGCUGUAGAAAUUCUGUAUAGUGCAGAUUUGGGUAUUCCACUGACACUGUUCAGUGGGGUUUCUGGAAAAUAAAAUUGAGCAUAACAGUAUGUGGCCUCUUGGUAAGAAUAUUUAACCGUGUCAAUAUUAACUGCAGGAGUACUUGUUAGGCACCACCGCUCCAAAUGACCAAGGGUCCCGUUCCUGUGAGCAGGUUCCAGGGGAUCUGCCACCCAUAGUGGGCAUUAGAGUUGCUAGGGCCCUGGGCAGAAAGCCAAAAGUUCUGUCAGGCAGGACUGCAAAAAAUAGUGCAGGGCCCUGUGCCCUACCAAGUAGGGCUGAAACUGAAGCCUGAGCAACAUAGCUUCACAGUGACCCCUGUGCUGUUCGUGCCCCAGGCAACUGCCUGGCUUGCUACCUCUUCACGCUGACCCUUUGAAUGCUUGUAUUAGUGUGGCAACUAAAGGCAUAUAAUUAAAAUAUAUAUCCAACA